AUGAGGGUGCUGAGGGAUCGGCAAGACUGCAUCGGCGCCACGCAGAGCUUCCUACCCACAGCUCAACACAGCUUGGACUCGUUGUCACUAGGGAAGCUCUGGGACGAAUGGCAGAUCCAGUGCCUAAUGCUUGUAAGCUUUGGCCUACAAGUGUUUCUCUUCUUGGCAGCAGGCAUGCGGAGGCGCAGCACUUCACACAAACUCGUGUCACUGCUAUGGCUGGCCUACUUAUCAGCCGACUCCGUGGCCAUCUUUGUCCUGGGGCAUCUGGCUCUGCAUGCCAACAGACCGGAGCACCGACUUCUCUUCUUCUGGGCGCCGUUUGUGCUCCUCCACCUGGGUGGGCAGGAUACCAUGACUGCCUUCUCCAUGCAGGACAACGAUCUAUGGAGGCGCCACCUGUUGGGGCUGGUCACCCAAGUUGCUGCAGCUGGCUACGUCGUCUCCAGGACUAGCUGGCCGGAUAGGCGGCUCCUGUCUGCCAUGGUGCUCAUGUUUCUCUCUGGGUGCUUUAAGUAUGCUGAACGUACAUUGUGCCUUUACAGAGCCAGCCAAAAAAGGAUCAAUCAGUAUUCAUUGGCUCGUUUGAGUAAUUAUGCAAUGGUGCUCGUUGCUGAUGGUGACUCAAACAAACAUUAUCAGGAUAUGUUGGCGGAAAGAUUUAUGUACAUGGUUAAUGCCGUUUCGAGAAGAUAUGGAGCAAGCAGGAUUUCUCUGGUAUCAGAUACUCCAACCAAUGAUUAUCUUAUUUCUCAAACUAAACACCAGGAUAUACCAAGCUUACUCCAAGGGUUCAAAUCCAAUGAAGACCGCUACAGAGUAUAUAACUAUGUCAGUGCAAAAGUCGUUCAUGUUUAUGAACGCCUCUACACCAAGGCACCGAUUCGUUUUGUUUACAUAGAAUAUCUAUCCAAAAUAUUGUCGGACGUACUCGGCAAUAAUGAUUGGUCUUCAUUACAGUGUGGUCUAUCUGUCCAUUCUGUUGGUUCUCUACUCUGCAUGUUGCUACUUCUCUUUCCAUUACUACUCUGCACGUUGCUACUUCUCUUUCCAUUACUUUCAAUCUCGACAGCGCUGGUGUUAUUCAAGGUUGCUGAAAAUGGCCAACUGUACAGCCAAGCUGAUGUCACCGUGUCCUACAUAUUGCUGAUAGGAGCCAUAAUCUUGGAGGUGUCAUCUCUCUUCAUCUCUAUUCUACCCUGUGUGUCCAGCACGGAUAUAUUUCAGUGUGCAACAAAACAAUGGUCUGAAAUGCUUGGGCAGUACAACAUGACCACAAGUCUCACGAGACAAAAAGAUACUACAUGCAUCAUGUCGUUUGUUCACCAAAAGAUUGGAAAAUAUCUAGUAGAUGACAGUAUAUCCCACAUCCCCAUUACCGAAGAUCUCAAGAGGUUUGUCCUCGACAAACUAUUGGACUUUGGAACCAGGGAACAAGACUGGAACUUUGCAAGCUCCCACGGUAAAUUAGCACUUGGGAAAUGGAGGGACAGACAUACAGAUUCAGUUUCAACAAGGCUAGAAACACCUCUAAGCACGGUCAUCAAUGAUUUGGUUCUGCCAACAAGCGUCCUGAUAUUGCACAUUGCGACAGACAUAUUAUACUUUCAAGACAACAAGAGCAUUAGUUCUCAUCAGCAAACAAUGAUGAAGAAGAGCACAGAGCUAUCAAAUUAUAUCAUGUAUCUUGUCUUCAAGUGUCGUGUGAUGCUUACAGCCAACACAGAGAUCCUGCACAACAAUGCCCAUAUGGAAAUGAAGGCACUUUUAGCAAAGCGUGUUAAUCUAGGUGAGAAGGAAGCUAUCAUACAGGCAUUUGAAGCUAACAAAGAAGGCCACGGUACUCACAGGGAACAAGCAACUCAGAUGCAACUUCUCAAGAACACGUGGAAAGCUAUCACUUCUCCAUUAUUGCCUCGUGCAUUCGACGUGGCCCAGGAGAUCAUUGAUAUGCACAGAGAUGAAGCUGACUGCUGGGACCUUGUCAGUGCAGUGUGGGUGGAAAUGCUUUACUACAUCGUGCCUCGUUGUGGAGGUGCUUUCCACUCCCAGCAACUUACCACAGGUGGUGAGUUCAUCACACAUGUCUUAUACCUCAUGCCACUGUUAGGCCCUUUUCUACCACCUCCAAGUGCAUAG